UCACCUUUUUUUUUCGUUUAGUUGUUGAUCUAGUAACAGUACCGGCUCCUAUCAUAGCUAGUACUGCUAAGUUAGAAGCAGCACCUUCGCCAAGUCUAUCUACAACUUCGUUGUCCAACGAAUCAACAACACCCACUGCUGCUAAUAAUUUGACAAAAGGUUUCAAUUUAUUAAGUCAAAAACGUUCAAAAAUUGAAGAAGUUAUGCAAAAAGGUUAUGAUACAUUAAAAACACAUGCAUCGACACAAUCAUCACUAUUUAGUUCAAGUGUUAGUGAUUCAGAUGAUCUAUCACAAUGGGAUCAUUUAUCCGAUGAUAUGGAUGCUGAUUUAGAAUCAAAUUUUGGUGAUGGAAAUAGUGAUUUACAACAAAAAGCAGCUAGAAUUGAUCUUGAUGAUGAUCCAAAUUGUUUAAAACACAUUGGUACAAAUACUGGAUUCGAAUUGUACAAGAAAAAUCGUCAAAAAAUCUUAUGUUUACUAUUCCAGGUUAAUGGAACUUUUCUUAAAUUAAAUCGUGUCGACAUAUGCAUUACCGAAGACGUCUUAUUAAAACAAUUUUAUAUUGCCGGUAAUAUCAAUGAUAUACAAAUUAAUGAAUUUCAAAGACUCAAAUUUGAAAAUAUUAAACCAAAAUUAUUCGAUAUUGAUAAUAAUACUUUAAAUUCAUCGACUAAUGUUAAAAUUCCAGUAUAUGCUCGUAUUGAUUUACCAAAAGGAUCUGAACCACCACAUGUUCAAUUAGAUAUUAAAGAUCGUGAAAUACAAUUAACUAAACGUUCCAUUGAUAUUAUAUUGGAUACACUUGAAGAAAUAAAACCAAUAAGUGAUAAAAUUGAACAACGGGAACAUUCAAAUAUGGUAGCUAUUGAUGUGCAAAUAAAAAAUUUGAAUAUUUUACUUGAAUUAAUUAGUCCUACCAUUGGAUCAAUUGUUAGUCCAAAACCACCACUGAAUAUUAACGUCGAACAAAUGCAUGCUAAAAGACUUAAAAAUGGGCAGAUAGUUAUGGAGAGAAAAACAGAUAAUGAUAUACAAUUAGAUGUUCAAGCAAAACAACAAACUAUCAUUGCUGAUCAUCAAUUACAGGAAAAAUUAAAACAAUACAAAUUAGUUGAUCUUGAAAAUAGUCGUUUAGAAACAGAAUUAGAUGCUCAUAAACAAGAAAUAAUUUCAUUAAGACAAGAGCGUGAUGCUCUACUCUCAACUAUAUCAAAAUUAGAUGUUGAAUUAACAAGAUCAGAGUAUAUUCGUCUUCAACAACAAAAAUAA